AUGGGCGAUGUUUGGUUCCUCGUCACGCCGCUCAAGAAUUGGGUCUACGUCAAUGACCUGGACACGCUCAUGUCCAUCUUCAAGCGCUCAGCCGACUUUCCCGACCAGUCUUCGUCAACGAAUCUGUCACGGGAAGAAGAACUAUUCGACAGCGUUAUACGCCUCCUCAGGGACGUCUCACGCCGCGAAGCACCUGCGUCGUCAGCACCAAAUCACGGAAUUCGGCGAGAGUCGUCCCGGAUUGAAGACUCCGUUUACCUUGGCGGCUACGUCACCAUCCUCUUCGUCCCUACCUUUAUCUCGACAGGCCAGCCUAGCUACCAGCUCGCCUCCCAUUUCGACGAGAGGACAUGGAAAGCUCGCUUUGUGGACUGGGUCAUAGUGGAAGAUGUCACCUUUCGACAAGCAUCCAGCGAGCGGCUUGGGUGGCUCGUAUCGAAUGGAGGAGAGCUUGCAAGUCGGCUACUUCCGGAGCAUCACACCUUUGAACGGCGACAGCAAAUUGUCUUUGAUCUCGUCAAGAACGCGAAGAGCUCGGUUCACACCAGCUUUGAUCUAUGGACUGCCUCAAAUGCGUUUAACUACGUCGGAAUUGUCGGACAUUUUGUUGGCAGUGAAGGCAAAAAACGCGAUGCCCUUCUUGGACUUCCGCGCUUAGUCGGUCCACACUCCGGUGAGAAUAUCGCCGCCUAUCUCAAGGAGGUAAUCGAUCGAUACGAGUUGGGGUCCAAGCUUGGAUACUUCAUGCUUGAUAACGCCAAGAGCAACGAUACCUGCCUAGAGACGCUUGCUAGGUGGUUUCCAAUGGAUGUCAGCCGACGCCGCCUACGCUGUAUAGGCCACGUUAUCAACCUGGUUGUCCGAGCAGUUAUUUUUGGCUCCAACGUCAGUAAAUUCGAGGCUGAGCUUCGUGGAGCUACAGAUGAGUUCAAGUUCGACAUUUGGGCAAAGAAAGGAGCUAUCGGCAGACUCCACAACAUUGCCACCUACAUUACAGAUCAGGGGUCUUCGGCAUUUGCAGACCGAGCUCGCUGGAACUCUAUAUACAUGAUGAUCAAACGCGCACUCGAACUGCGCUGCGCCAUCGAGCUCUAUCAAUCUCGCUGGCAAAAGCCUAAGAAUGACCCUGAUCACCGUGACCUAACUAACGACUUCCUCAAUGCUGGGGACUGGGUUGAAUUAGAGCGUUUCUACGAGUUCCUGAAGCCGUUUUAUAUCCUGACGAAGACUAUAGAGGGCAACGCCAGUAAGCCGGGGGCGGAGGGCGGCCAUGGAGCUGUGUGGGAGACACUUAAAACCAUGGACUACCUGUUCAUGAAAUUCAAGCAGGCCGCGGAGGAUACUCAGUUCCAGGAGGCCUCCCAUUUUAAGUCGGGAAUUGACUGUGGAUGGGCGAAGCUUGAAGACUAUUACGUCAAAACCGAUAGGACACCUGUUUAUCGGGCAGCUCUAGCACUGCACCCGUCGUAUGGGUACGACUACUUCGAACGACACUGGAAGAAGGCGAUGAACAAGCCGCAAUGGUAUAGCGACAUGCAGUCGGCUGUUGGUAGCCUAUUCGAUGAAUACCGGAGGCAGACUGAAGUUGAAACUCAGGCUCAAGCUGGGUUUUUGGAAGACGAAUCCGAGGAAGUCGACGCUGACAAUGACUACAGCUCGUUUGGAAAGAGAUAG